AUGUAUGAAAGUGGCGCGCCGGCGGGAGAGGCGCACGUGGUGGCGGGAGAUCCGCACGUGUUGCCGUUCCGCUGGUUCCUGCCGGCUCCGCGAAGGCAGCGCAGCAUGUCUGGGGGCCGGGUGAGUCCUCUCUUCCUGGACACUUCAGGGAUCUGGUGGCAGGACCCGCCAUCCCUGGCAGCAGUGGAGGCGUCCUGGGAUGUGGCAGAGAUGGCAGCUCUGAGGAAGGCUGCAGAUGGUGACUCGGACCUGAGCCACCUGGAGGGAGACAGUGCAGAGGAGCUGGCUGUGCCGGACCCAGAGCUGGAGGCCAUCAAAGCCAGAGUGCGGGAGAUGGAGAAGGAGGACGAGAGGCUGAAGGAGUUGCAGCUGGAAGCUGAGAGCCGCCUCAUCAUGAGCUCGGAGGCAGGUCUCUUCCCAAACAUGACUCAGGAGAAGAUGGAGGUCGACCAGCGAUCCAUCUAUGUGGGCAAUGUUGAUUACGGGGGCACAGCGGAAGAGCUGGAGUCUCACUUCAACAGCUGUGGGCAGAUCAACCGAGUGACCAUCCUCUGCGACAAGUUCUCAGGGCAUCCCAAAGGGUAUGCCUACAUUGAGUUUGAGGAGAAGAGCUCAGUGAAGGCUGCAGUGGAGCUGGACGAGAGUGUGUUCAGAGGCCGUGUCAUUAAGGUGCUGCCCAAGAGGACCAACAUGCCGGGCAUCAGCACCACUGACCGUGGGGGCUACCGGGGCCGCUUCCAAGCCCGGGGAGGGCUAGCCCGGCGGAGAGGCUACUACGGAGGGCAGCACCUGAGGGUGCGAGGGAGGACAUACAGGGGUCGGGCAAGGCUGCUGCCUUGGUAUUUUCCGUACUAG